AAAACAUAGUUUUGUUGGUGUCUCACCCCAAAAAAGACUCAAUCAUAUCGAUUCCUUGUUCUCUUUUUCUUGUCAUUUCUUUCGUUUAUUCCAUUGCUUCUGCAACCCAAUUUGCUCCUGUAAGCAAAACAUAAACAGAGCAUCAUAAUCAUAAACACAAAAACUACUUUCUCCGAACACCAACUAUAAAUUAGCUCUUAAUUACAGGGAAUUUGAUUGGGAGGCUAUGGUGUGAUUUCAACUAAACAACUUCAAGCUUCUGUUGUACAUAGGCUGUUUGGUCCUAUGGAUAAGUUAUGCUGUUUUGGUGCUUCUCAGCUUGGAGGAGGACGCUCAUCAUCAAGCUCCGGAAAAGGGAAAAAUCAGGAGGGUCUAAUUAAGUAUGGAUUUAACCUAAUAAAAGGUAAAGCUAAUCAUCCCAUGGAGGAUUAUCAUGUUGCAAAGUUUGUGCAUAUUCAAGAAUAUGAGUUGGGGCUUUUUGCUAUUUAUGAUGGCCAUUUGGGAGAUAGUGUGCCUUCGUAUCUACAAAAGCACUUGUUUCGCAAUAUACUAAAGGAGGAAGGGUUCUGGACUGACCCCGGCAGAGCUAUAUCAAAAGCAUAUGAGAGGACCGACCAGGCAAUUCUCUCCCACAAUCCUGACUUGGGGCGAGGUGGGUCCACUGCUGUGACUGCAAUUCUUAUAAAUGGCCAAAGAUUGUGGGUAGCUAAUGUUGGAGAUUCAAGAGCAGUACUUUCCAGAGGAGGGCAGGCAAUUCAAAUGUCUAUCGACCAUGAACCUAACACUGAACGAGGCAGCAUAGAGAAUAAGGGUGGCUUUGUCUCAAACAUGCCAGGAGAUGUUCCUAGAGUUAAUGGGCAGCUGGCAGUUUCUCGCGCCUUUGGAGACAAGAGCCUUAAAUCACAUCUGCGGUCUGAUCCCGACGUACAAAACUGUAUCAUAGAUAACAGUACAGAUAUUUUAAUCCUCGCAAGUGAUGGCCUAUGGAAGGUGGUGUCGAAUCAGGAGGCUGUCGAUAUUGCAAGAAGGAUUAAAGAUCCCAUGAAAGCAGCUAAGCAGUUAAUAGCUGAGGCAUUGGAAAGAGACAGUAAAGAUGAUAUAUCUUGUGUUGUUGUUAGGUUUACAGGAUAAUCGAAUACUGCGAGGCCCCGCAUAUAUAAUAUCUCUAUACUCAGAAUUCCUUUGACAGGUUGCUGAUUUGUGAAUUAGACGACAGAUACAUACGCAUGGUUGGGUAAUCCAAAUGGUGGUAUACAGGAAGGAAAUUUGCCUGGAAAAGGGAUACAAACAGAGUUGUUCAUCCUCUGUAAAUUUAUAUUUGAAAGUUGGUUAGGUGAUGGUGUUUGAUAUUUGUUUGAUUUCAUUACGUUGAAUCUAUAAUGCCGCAUUGUUUUGUAAUCCGAAAAACAGAUUUGUUUUUCAUGUUCUGAUGAAUAAUAUGUUUUCGAAAUUUUUUUAGGUA